UGUGCUAUUUGUGUUCCUUACUCAGAUGCACCAGGGCCAAGGUAGUCUGGGUGAGGAAGUCUCUGAUGUGGAUAUUGAAGGGUAUGAGGAGGAGGAGGAGGAGGAUGGGAAACCUAAGACUCCAGCCCCAGAAAGUGAAGAUGCAGAUGGUGAUCUUGCAGAUGAAGAGGAAGGAACUGUGCAACAACCUGAAGCCAGAGUCCUGUAUGAGGAUUUGCUUAUGUCUGAAGGAGAAGACGAUGAGGAAGAUGCUGGGUGUGAAGAAGAAGGAGAUAAUCCUUUCUCUGCUAUCCAGCUGAGUGAAACUGGAAGUAACUCCGAUGUAGGAUCUGGUGGGAUAAGACCCAAACAGCCCUGCAUGCUUCAAGAGAACACAAGCAUGGGCCUGGAAAAUGAAGAAAGCAUGAUAUCCUGUGAGGGAGACGGUGGGGAGGCUUCUCCUGAUCUGGAGGAUAGCAACAUCAGUUAUGGAAGCUAUGAGGAGCCUGAUCCCAAGUCGAACACCCGAGACACAAGCGUCAGCAGCAUCGGUGGGUCUGAGGUAUCAGAGGAAGAAGAAGAUGAGGAGGAAGAGCAGUGCUCUGGGCCGAGCACACUAAGCCAGGUCCAACUGUCAGAGGACGAGGAGGACAGUGAGGAUUUCCACUCCAUUGCUGGGGACAGUGACUUGGACUCUGAAGAAUGAGGCUUCCUUUGGGCCUCCUUGGUCAGCCUUCCCUGUUCUCCAGCCUAGGUGGUUCACCUUUCCCCAAUUUGUUUAUAUAUGUGCAGUGUCUGAUCCUGAAAUCACCAGGUUAACUAACACCUUAGCCUUUUAAGAGUAGUAAGUAAAUGAUAACAGAUCACCUCUCCUGAUCUUCCUGGGGCAACAUCGCCACCCUUCGAUUUAAAAGCAACCCCCUUCCCCUACUACUAACAAAAAGAGAGCAAUCUCCUCCAUCUCUAGAGCCCUCUUUAAAUCCAUUUAAUUGCUCUUGGUAUCAUUUUUCCCUGGGAAGGGAGGAGAAAUUAUGAAAGGACUAAUAACUUUACGUCCUCUUGAUGUAUUAGAAAUUUUCCAAGCAUGGUAUCAUCUCAAUUUUCUAAUUUGUAGGCCGGAACAGGUGACACCCCCUUUGCUGGGACAGAGAAUUGGAUUCUGGUGGACUCUGUAUCACACUAAAAACAUAUCUGUUGGACAAAUUGCCUGUUGCUUUAUGUGAUUAUGCAGUGCCUUGUUCCUAAGUGGAUUUGAGGCUGAAAUGGCCAUAAAUCUUUGCAACAGCCCUUAUGUCAGAAAUAAAAAGUUGCCGUGUAA